AUGUCUAACUCUAACGAACCAUCUCAAUUCAACGGUAACUUGAAAUCCGUCUCUGGACAAGUUCAAGAACAAAUUGGUAACUUGACAGGCGCUACUUCAUGGCAGCAAAGCGGUAAACAACAACAUGCCGAAGGAGAGGCUGAAUUAAAGGCUGCCCAAGCAAAGGGUUACGCUGAAGGUUUGGUCGAUCAAGUUGGUGGUUACAAGGACUCUAUCGUUGGUGCAGUCACUGGUAACAAGUCUGAUCAAAUCGCAGGUAACGCUCGUCAAGAAGCAGGUGCCGCAAAGAAGGAUGCAAACGCUCCCGCAUAA